AUGGGCUUUGGUGGUGUGCUGGACGACAGCACCUUUUUGCAAUGUAUGGGAAGCUUUCGCCAUAUAACAGUGCAGGAUCAUCCAAAAUCGAUAAGAAACGGUGUGUUAGCAGUCCUCAACGAUGUGCUAUUUACUGCUCCACUCAUUGAAACUCUUCGUAUGCAUAGCGCUGAUGAAGUGAGGAAAGAAGCGAACACGUUCAUGUUUGUCUUUGGUCACGAAACACGUUCAUGGAUGAAUGAGCAACCGAAUUCAGGAUUAAGAGGGUCUCUGUCGGGUGAUCACAUUCCAUAUAUUUUUGGAUACCCUCUUGCAAAUUCAGAUAGGGAAGAGAAACUAUUCUCUGGCUUCAAUGCAGAAGACAGAGGGGUAUCCGAGGUUCUUAUGCAUUAUAUAGCGAAUUUUGUUAAAUCUGGUGAUCCAUCAAAACCAUCUUCGAUCCCGAAAUCGCUUCUUAUGGGUGACGCUUUUCACUCAACUGCAUGGCCUCAAUUUGAUCAACCUAAUCGAGAAGCAUACCUCGAAAUAACUGACCGUCCACGUGUUAAGAACUACUAUCGUAAUGCAAGAGUUGGAUUCUGGACAAGUUUAGUUCCAGCCCUGCAUUCCUCUGGAAAAGAAGGUGGAGAUGUACCGGAGGAACAUCAUCUGUUACCGGAUCAUUUUCGUAAGGACUCGUUUUUUGGGCGUGUCCGAUCUUUUGCACCAUUUGCAAAUCAUCCAUUUCCUGCACCUCCACUACCACCUUCACCACCGCCUGACAAUGUUAAAAAAACUACAACAGGUUGUCCUUCAUCGCCCCAUGAUAACAUGGAAGUAUCAUCCGGUCAGUAUAGCACGAUGCUUUCGGUUACGGUAGCUGUUGGAUGUGGACUACUAUUCCUUAAUAUUUGCGUCUUCUUUGGUCUUUAUCGUCAGUGCGAUAAAAACAAGCGGUCAAAAAAGAAAUUGCAACUACAAUACCAGACAUAUGCCUCUAAUCAAGCCACCGUUCCCGAUCAGUACAACAAUCUCAACUCACCGCUUUCGUUGAUGCCUCCUCCACCACCACCACCUAUUACGCUCAACUCAUCGACAGUACACACCGUACCCGUACAUGAGGAGAUUUUCGAUCGACCGAUGUUCGCGCCUGCCUCGUUAGGGACCGGAACGGACCCCGCCUCAGCGAACCUCGUUCCACGACAUUCGUUUCAGGAGCAGGAGCCACUACUUUCGGCAUCCCAUAAAGCAGUUCGGGCUGGAGUCUCACCGUCAUGUCCACGUCAUGGUCGUGCUGUUCUUUCCCUUCACCCAGGUCGAGGUAGUCUUACACCAUCCGGUAACGCUCCAACACUCGAAGAAAUUCAAGUGUAG